CUGCGCUCCAUCCAGGACCUUCAGACGGUUCAGAUCAUCAGGAUCUUGCGGUACGAGAAGAAGGUGGCCGCUAUGUUUUUGCUGAUGAUCACCUGCUUCCUGGUGUGUUGGACACCCUACGCUGUAGUGUCGAUGUUGGAGGCCUUCGGCAGAAAGAGCAUGGUCUCUCCCGUGGUGGCCAUCAUCCCCUCGUUCUUUGCCAAGUCCAGCGCGGCCUACAACCCCCUCAUCUACGUUUUCAUGAGCAGAAAGUUCCGGCGCUGUUUGCUCCAGCUGCUGUGCUCGCGGCUGUCUUGGUUGCAGCACAGCCUCAAAGAGCGCCCCAUGACUCCGGUCCAACGGCCCAUACGACCGAUCGUCAUGUCCGGAAACUACGGCAGCAGGAACCGACCUAAGAAGAGGGUGACUUUCAGCUCCUCCUCCAUUGUUUUUAUCAUCACCAGCAAUGACUUCCACCAACUUGAUGUGACCUCCAAGGCUAGAAGCCCUGCGGAGGUUAAUGUCAUUCAAAUCAGGCCACUCUGAUCCGCAAGGACAGGACUUCUCACCCCACCAUCACUAUGCCUUAGGACCUAAAUCAAACCAAAAUAACCCUCUCUAACCUCCCGGGAUAUUACUAUGUAUAUACACAGUUAUGAAUUUGUUAAGACUACAUGUUAGCCCGAGACCUCAGCUGAACCUCUUUGCACUGUGUUGUUUAAGCAGGUAGUUUAACAAAACAUUUUUCAAAAAGGCCUCAUUUCACAACUGCAGAACUGUUUGGAGUUGUUAGCAGUGUUAUGGAACUGAGUACAUUGUUUGGUUGGUACCCAACUGUAAGCAUGUACAACCACACAAAUAGGCCUUAGCUCCUUAGCUAGCAAACUGACAUUAUUUAGUAUGGAUUCAAUAAAGAUCCUAUUUAUAGCUACCUACUGUAGUUUAUGUAACUUUAAAUUAAUCUCCGGAGUGACGAUAGCAGGAACUGUGAAAUGACAUUUGGUGGAUCACCACAGAUGAGGACUACAGGAGUGUAAUUAUAUAAGAGGCGAUGAGAGUAUGCGCCAGUGAGACACUCCUUUCAUAACAUCCUGGCCUGUCAGCUAUGAAUAGACUUGAUGAAUGGAUUUCCAUAGCUGAUAAAACCCUUAAUCCUUGGAGACAUGUGACUUAGUCAGUGAGGUGUCUUUUUAUGCGUUUAGUUUGAAGAAUAGUUAUUGAAUUACACUUGUUUGGUAUCUUGCUGAAGCUACGUUGG